AGCAUCACGAGCGAGUGGACUGCACCAGCGCGAGACGUCUUGUUUUGAAGAUAAAACGAUUAGGUAGCAGUUGUAAACAAAGCUGUUUGCGCAGUUUGGGCUUUUGUCGUGGUUGUGUGAGGAUUCAAAUAAUACUUCUUAUUUUGACCACUUAAUAGCGUCGGUAUCCUUUAUACUGUCCGGGAUGCCCAAAGAUUCAGAUGAGUCUAGGAAGGAGGAAAAGGACUCAAAAGAGGAAAUGACAGAGGAAACAUCAGAGAUGGAGAGGAAGAGAGUACGAGUACAAACUCCCAGCCCACACAGAGGAAACACUCCUCAAGCCAGUCCUUCUGGGUUUGUCUCCAUUGACGAGCUCAGGGAAACUGCUAAAGGGAUCACUAACAUGAUGCUAGCUCAUGAGAUUGUGGUGAACCAAGUUUUUCAAGUGAAGCCCACUGAAUUUCCAGAAGAAAGUUUAGAACACAGAGUCAAGGAGACUAUGCACAAGGCAUUCUGGGAUUGUUUGGAAUCACAGCUAAAGAAGGAUCCACCUUCAUAUGAUCAUGCUAUUAAAUUACUGUCUGAAAUUAAAGAGACACUUUUGGGUUUCCUGCCGUCUAGUCAUGGUCGUUUGCACUCUCGCAUCGAGGAGGUUCUGGACCUUCCCCUGAUCCAGCAGCAAGCUGAGACAGGAGCUCUUGACAUCGGACAACUGUCCCAGUUCAUUGUUGGAAUGAUGGGGUCUCUGUGUGCUCCGUGCAGAGAUGAAGAUAUCAAGAAGCUAACGGAGAUCACAGAUAUAGUGCCUCUUCUAAAAUCCAUAUUCAUUGCGCUGGACCUGAUGAAGGUGGACAUGGCUAACUUUGCUUUAAGCAGCAUCAGGCCUCAUCUCAUGCAGCAGUCUGUGGAGUAUGAAAGAACUAAGUUCCAGGAGUUUCUUGAAAAACAACCCAAUGCCUUAGAUUACACUGAGAAGUGGUUAAAGGACACAAUAAACACAAUGAGAGAGUCAGAUGAGUGUGGUGCCUCAUCUGAUCCUCCCUCUCUUCUUCCACUGCAUAUUCAUAAUCAGGCCUAUCUACAGCUGCUCAGAUGGGACCAUUCUGCAGAAUUUUUCCCCGAGACUGUAUUAAUGGAUCAGAUGAGGUUUCUGGAGAUGCAGCAAGAAGUGGAGCGCCUUGUUUUGAUCUCCUCUAUCCUCCUCAUUGUAUACACUACAACAGGAGAAGCCAUAUCAGGCUUACCUGGACUAAUGGACAAGCUAAAAAACACUGUUAAUGCCAUUCUAGCUGACAUGCACUCACCGACUUUUUCUGCACAGGAAGCCUUAGCGUCGAUUGGGGAGAAAUUGUGUGUUGAGCUUAAUGACUGUUUGAGUCAGCAUGGCUACUCCCCAUUCUCAUCUGACAGAAAGGGCACUUUAAAGGGACAGAUUAUUGCUACUGUUUUUCCAGACAAUGCAGUUCGAAAACUCAUUGAAUCUCGAGUUCAAAGUUACCUUCUUGCUUCUCUGGAAUCCACUCUACACCAGACCCAUCCUGCACUUCCUGGUGGUCUGGCCCCGGUGAGCAGAGAGCUGAAUGAGCUUGCUGUUCGCUUUAGUCGCCUUGUCAACUAUAACAAGCUAGUCUUCUCUCCAUUUUACCAAAGGAUUCUUCAGAAAAUCUUGUUGCCAGGUGAAGAAACCAGCAUAGAUGUUUAAAUGAAAUGUAACAUCAAAACGGUUGUGGACAAGUAACUUAGUGGGCCAUAUCUUGCCCCCAGUCUUAGGGCUUAGAGCAAGUGUGGGGCGUAGAGUUCUAAACAAGAGGUGUGCCGUGGAGCAGACUGAGGGAGUGGUGUGGCGCGUUUAGUGAAUUGCCAGAAUCGUAGAAAUAAAUAUUAACCGAGUCUCCUGGAAAACAACGUGUAACAUGCUCAAGGCUUCUUUUAUUUGGAAACAUAUUAGGAUGAUAAAUGCUUAACAUGCAUAACAUAUUUGUGUGCUGUGCGGGGAGCCGUCCGGAUGCCCUCCCACAUCAGAGCACAGCCCCUCGCCCGCUCCCUGUAUCGGCUCAGCUCUGCUCUAUAGUUUGGUUUGGUCUGGAUCUGUACAGUGAGGCUGUUUACAGCGCUGUCCCAAACUGUGUUUUCUUACUCUCUCUGCGGUUCUAAUGCUGCGAUGUCGAUUUCCUCACAUUCUCUCGGCCGGACUCUGCGCGCACAUUCACUGACACCUCAGGGCUGUGACAGCGGAGCAGACGCACGUAUCAUAUCUGUGCGCAAAGCGGUGACAUCAGAAACAUUUAUAUUACAAUAAACCUGUGUGGGACCAAAUGCAGUGGACACCAGUGAAAAGUGAAUGUUAGCUGUCAGCGGCAGCAGAGGUACACUCGUACCUCAGGUGAGUCCGUGGGAGCGGACUGUGGGACAAGCUGUAACGGGUGCGAGAAAGUAGCGGGUGGGAUGGGGAGCGCAUGGGAGACACUGGUCUUAAACGAACGCAGAGGAAACUAUAAAAGGUUGACGUGUGCGCGCGUGCACGGGCUUACAGCAGUGCGCAUGCAUAAGAGGGACGCACGUGCGCGCGGAGUGUCUGUAACACAAACCCCGUCAGUUCUGUCAUGGCCCAUGCAAAAUUCUGUAUUCCUGGAGCCUGUAUUGAGGUAAAAAACCUGGACACGCCCGCUUGUGCUUAGCGCUAAAACUGAGGGCAAGAUACAGCCCAGUGUGUUGUGGCAAAUUUGAAAAAACAGAACAACAAUUAAAACUUUAUAUGCUGUUUACAGAUCCAAGUAUUGGCUUGAAUAUAGAUUCUUAAAGCAAACACAGAACUGUUCUCUUUAACUGCUGUAUCAAGUAUUAAGUGACAAAGCAAUAACAUGUGUCAGUGGUUCCCAAACAUUUUGUUGUUACUUGUCCCUCUGAUUUUUGGAUGAUAAGUUGAGUACUACUGAUUCCAAAAACGUCUGGACGCCGUACAUGUACAAUACAGUAUACAAUAUCUAAUAAUAUGUCCAAAACUCCUUGUAGCCAAACUACCCAUACCCACUUGCAUACCCAUGGAGAUAUUUAUACCACAGUUUAAGGACCACUGACAUGGGUUAACCAUGUUGCUAGAGUGGAAUCAAAGAGUCAAGUUGAAAUGUAUUUGAGAAGAAGGAAGAAAAGCAUUAAGUGUUACUUGGUUUGUUAUGGAGUAACAAAUGACUGGACCCAGAUGUAUUUACAUAAGAACAAAUAUCUUUACUGUCUUUCUUGUGGUGUUGCAUUUCACCUCUUACAGCAUUAAUAAGUGAGAAUACGGCAACAACUUCUUAUAUCACUUUAAGAAAAACUUUGCAUAUUUUAACGACAGGUAUUUUGCUUUAAACCAGUAUAAAAUUUACUCUCAAUGAGAUAACUGUUGAAAUAGUGAAGGAAAAUCAUUUUUAAUUAUUUAUCUCAGUGUUUGUGAUUUUUAUUUUUUUUCCCAGCUGUUAGCAGCUGAUAGCUGUUCAUAUUUGCCACCUUGUUCACAUGAUCUUUACAAGUUAAUCCAACAUCACCUGCGUGAUGCAUGAAUGUAGAUUUAACAUUUCAAUAAAGCACUGCCUGCCCUUCA